CCUCGCAAUGUCGGCCCCCUCUCCGCCUGCCAACAACCAGCGUGCCGUCGCGGCACUGCUGCGCUCGCACCUCGACGCCGGCGCCGCGCCCGCCGCCGUGUGGUCGCCCGGCUAUGUGCCGCUGCGGCGCCGCACUGCUGGUCCCUCCUCGGCACCGCCGGCUGCCGCGUCCUCGGCCGGUGCUCCGCCGCCGGGCUGCCCGAUGCACACGCCGGGCGCCGCCGCGGGUGCAGGGCCGUCGGCGUCGCCCUUUGCGCCCAAGGCGGCGGCGCGGCCACACGAUGCAGCUCCUGCAGCGGCCCCGAGCUCGUCCCCGAGUUCGUCGUCGGGCUCGUCGUCGGGCUGGUCCGCGGCGCUCAACCCGCUCAACUACAUGCCCAGCCUCUCGCAGGCGCCCGCGCCCGCGCAGACGACGGAGCUGCCGACGGAGCGCGUGCGCAGCACCAUCCCGCGCGCGCCCACGUCGCCCUCGCCCGGCGCCUCGCCGUACGACGCGCCGUCGGCGUGCCCCGUCAAGCACGACGGCAGCAGCAAGGCCGACGGCGAGGGCGCCAACUGGGAGUACCCGUCGCCGCAGCAGUUCUACAAUGCGCUCGUGCGCAAGGGCUGGGAGACGCCCGAAGAGCACGUCGAGAUGAUGGUGCUGGUGCACAAUUUCCUGAACGAGCGGGCGUGGCGCGAGGUGCUCGACUGGGAGAAGGAAAUGGGCUCCGAUCCUGCACAGGUCUCUCUCGCACGCUUCCAGGGGCGGCCGGGCACGCUCUCGCCCAAGGCACGCCUGUUCAGCUGGCUCGGUGCGAUUGCGCCCUCCCGCUUCAACUCCGAACCGCCAUUCGACCGGCACGACUGGGUCGUGCGGCGGCCGGCGGCGGCGCCUGGCGCGCAGCCGCACGACGUGCGCUACGUCAUCGACUACUACUCGUGCCCCGAUGACGAGGACGGCGAGCCGGUGUUCCACCUCGACAUCCGGCCGGCGCUCGACAGCUUCGAGGCGGCGCGGGCGCGGAUGCGUGCUGGCUGGCGGGAAUGGACCGAGGGCGCGGCGCCAGAGGGGCAAGCGGCCAGGGCCCAGGCGUAGCGCAUCGUCCGGCCCGGCGCAUGCAAUCCACCACCUUUCACCACCCCGCCGCGUUGUGUGACUGCAUGUGUUGCUAGCCCGC